AUGACAAGUAAACAAAUCUUAGAAAUCAUCAAUGAUGAAAGGAUAAAUGAUAAAAAUAAAAUUGAAUGUUUAUAUAAUAUAUUAAAUCAAUUAACUAAAUCUGAAUUACUUUCAAUAUUUCCAUCUUCAAUAACUUCAGAUUUCAAGUAUCGAUAUAUUAUUGAAUUAAUUAAAAUUGAAUUAUUAAUUAUUAACUAUAAUGGAGAGGAAGAAGAAGGAGGUAAAAAUAUAAUUGGAGAAUUGAUUAGUGGGAUUAAUAAGAAGAUGAUUGGAUAUAAACAUGAUUUAAAAGAUUUUAAAAGUUGGUUUAUUAAAAUUAAAUUACCUGAUUUACAAAGUGAUUAUCAAUAUUUAAUUAAAGAUUUAAAUUAUGAAAAUUUUAUUGAUUUAAUAAAUAAAAAAUUAUUAAUUAUUAAUGGUAUUCCUAAAAAUGAAUCAGAAUUUGAAGAUUUUAUAAAAAGAAUAAAUUUAAAAAUUUUACAACUUUAUUUAAUAAAUUGUUAUGAUUUUAGAAACGGUAAUAUAUUGAAUUAUUUAAAUGAUAAUUUAAAAAUUGAUAAUUAUAAUCAUGAAAUAUUUGAAAUUAUUAAUCAAACAAUUAUAAAUAAUCCAUUUGUAUUUAAAAAUUCAUUUGAACAAAUUAUAAAUUAUGAUUUUAAUAAUGGGUAUUUUAAAUUAAUUAAAAAUUAUAUGAAUAUUGAUAAUUUAUACUUAAAUAUAAUUGAAAACAACAUUAUUAAAUUAUCAAAUUAUUUCACAUUAAUCAAAAUCAAUACCAUUUAUGAUAUCCUUCAAAUUGAUGAGAAUUCAAUUGAUUUAGAAGCAUUUAUAUUUCAAAUGAUUAUAAAGAAUAAAUUUAAUAAUGAAGUCAAGAUCAAUCAGUUGGAACAAACUAUUGAUUUCAAUAAUAAAUUUGAGUACUCAAUGGAGGAUCAUAUUAAAUAUAUUGGGAAAGUAAUCAAUGAUGUAUAA